AUGCCACCUUCAAAAUCACCCGCCGAAUUCAAGAAGGAGUUCGUGUCGCAGUUAGGGGAAGGGCCAUGGGACGAGACAUGGGAGAGCAUUGCACAACUGAGUCCCGAGCUCUUCGAUGCGAGUGUCAAGCUUAUAGCCGUUCCUCGGAAGAAGCGACAUCUGUCCCCUAAGAUUCAGCAGCUCAUGUCCAUAGCAGUCGAUGCUGCUUCGACCCACCUCUACGUCCCUGGCAUUCAAGAACAUAUCAAGGCCGCACUCAAAGAGGGUGCAACGCCUGCAGAAGUCAUAGAAGUGAUCGAGUUGACCGGCACGCUCGGCAUCCAUGCGUGCAACAUUGGUGUGCCGUUACUUGUAGAAGUUAUGAAAGAGGAGGGCAUUUAUGACAAGCAUCCAACAAUGGGGAAACCGUACGAUGCGGAAAGAGAGAAACUCAAGGCCGAAUUUACCAAGAACAGAGGUUACUGGCAUACCUUUUGGGAAGACUUUCUCUCCCUGGACCCCGAAUUUUUCAAGGCGUACCUCGAUUUCUCAUCUGUUCCUUGGCUCAAGGAUGUUGAUGGAUCGGGCAAGGGAGGCGGUGUCUUAGAGCCAAAGGUCAAAGAACUGGUCUACUGUGCUUUUGAUGCUGCCGCCACCCAUCUCUACGUCCCAGGCCUGAAAUUGCAUAUGAAGAACGUUCUCAAGUACGGCGGUACACCCGAAGAGAUCAUGGAGGUAUUGGAGAUUGCGACGCAGCUGAGUUUGCACACAUCCAACGUUGCAGCACCGAUCCUAGCACAAGAAUUGGGGAAGCAAUGA